AUGUCCUCAAAUACCUCCCCUAUACCCCCGGGACCACCCAACGAAGUCGGUGCAGCUGAAGCUCACGAAGGAGCGCCUCAAAGUUCCAACAGCUGCCAUCACCAGGCUCCUCGACAGCUUCACCUUCCAGCUUUCGCACAGUUUCCAUAUCCUUAUGCUUACGGCCCUGGGACGCCAUAUGCCCCACAGUACAACCCGUAUCAUCAGCCGCAGCUUGGAUACCAUCAUUUCCGUCAGGCAGGAUAUAUUUACCCUUUUCCCCAGCCUGACUUUCAGUUUCUGCGGCCUCAUCUCCCAGUCCCGCAACAGGCUACACCCCAUGAUGAGCAUGGCACUUCUCCGGAUCAACAGCAGGCUCGUCAAAAUCCUACCAUUGUCGAUGGCAUGACCACUGAGCACUCUCCCGAGCCUCAGCGCCCUCCAGAAGAGUCCGAGCCAAUUCAUCUGCAACCGGGGCCUUGCCCUAGGAAUAGCGAUGACGACAUUUCACUCCGACCUGAUCUAGGAGUUUCAUUCGAAAAUGUCCAAGAGGAUAAAGAUGUAGCGGAGGAUCGCCUUCCCAAGAAGGUUAUUCCCAAAGAAUCCCUAACCCGCGGGGAGAAGAUGCGACUCCUAGAUCUACUCAAACAAUACGAAGACGUACAGAGAACCAGAAAUGCCUUCCACUCAGCAACCAAAACAUACCAGCAAUUCUACCAGGCCAUCUUCCGCAGAUCAUGGGACACCAAUAGCAAAAGCUGCAGCCCAGUAACUCUUCGUUCCGCACGUAGCUCCGACGCUUAUCUUGAAAUCGGCCAUUACGAAAAGGAUGCCCCAUCCAGUCGAUCAGAUGAUGAGUGCAGAGGGUCCAAAACGCUCAAACAAACAAUACCGAUAUUCCUCACUCUCGACCUUGGAGCGGGCGAGAUCGAUUGGAAGUAUCACGAUAAGGACGGGAAUAGUUUCAGAGCUCGCGAUGUGACGCUCCACCAUGGACUCAACAUUGAACAGGCUAAGAAGAACGUUCUAGAUCAUCAAGACCAUAAAGAGAUGAAGCGCAUUUGCGAGCACAACAUUGACCAGAUUGUCCACGCCGCGAGACGACGAAUAGUCAAGUGGGCAAGAGCAGGGAGUGCUGCACAGCUUGGCGUUGACGAUGAAGACAGAGCCGCCCUGGAGAUACUUGAACUCCCCUCAGAGCGUUUCCUCGCCCGAUAUGAGGAAGUCCGCGUCCUACGAGAUUACCUGGUACAGCGACCUGAGCUAAGCUAA